AAUCAAACCGAAAGUGCUCCGGCUGGAAGUGCGUCGGGAACCCCGGCUCCCAGGAGUGGGGAACACAAGCUGUCCAGCACUGGGACCCAGAGGCUCAAUUCCAGCCCCCACCACUGCCCACAGACACCGGGCUGGGUGGGGGCAGGGGUGAAGUGCCUGCCCCCCCUCUGGGGGGGGGCCAGGGCCUCGGGCCUGGGUGCUGCCUAGCACCUGGAAGAUGCCAGUGCCCUGGCUCCUGCUGUCCUUGGCGCUGGGCGGGAGCCCGGGGGUUGUCUCUCUGGAAAGGCUUGUGGGGUCUCAGGAUGCUGCGCGCUGUUCUCAGGGCCUCUCAUGCCACCUCUGGGAUGGCGAUGUGCUCUGCCUGCCUGGGGGCAUCACGCGCGCGCCAGGCCCUGUGCUGGUGCCCACGCACCUGCGGACUGAGCUGGUGCUGAGAUGCCACCGGGAGAACGACUGCGACCUCUGCGUGCGCGUGGCCGUGGGCUUGGCCGUGCGUGGGCACUGGCAAGAACCUGAAGAUGAGGAAGAAUCUGGAAGAGCACUUGGUGUGGAGCAGGGGGAUGCUGGGAAUGCCCCUCUCCAGGCCCAAGUCGUGCUGUCCUUCCAGUCCUACCCCACUACCCGCUGCAUCCUGCUGGAGGUGCGCGUGCCGGCUGCCCUGGCUCAGGCUGGCCAGUCUGUGGGCUCUGUAGUGUUUGACUGCUUUGAGGCUGCUCUGGGGGCUGAGGUGCGAAUCUGGUCCUACACUCAGCCCAGAUACCAAAAGGAACUAAACCUCACACAACAGCUGCCUGACUGCAGGGGUCUUCAAGUCCGGGACAGCAUCCAGAACUGCAGGGCCCUGCCCUGGCUCAAUGUGUCUGCAGACGGUGAUGACGUGCGUCUGGUGCUGGACGUCUCUGAGGAGCAGCGCUUCGGCCUCUUACUGUACUGGAGUCAGAUCCAGGGCACCUCCAAGCCUUGGAAGCACAGAAACCUGACCGGACCUCAGAAUAUUACUUUGAGCCAUACAGACCUGGUUCCCUGCCUCUGCAUUCAGGUCUGGCCCUUGGAGCCCGACUCAGUCAGGACCGGCUUCUGCCCUUUCAGGCAAGAUCCCCGGGCGCACCGCAACCUCUGGCGCGCAGCCCGUCUCCGCCUGCUGCCCCCGCGGAGCUGGAAGCUGGAGGCGCCUUGUUCGCUGCAGGCCGAGGUGGUGCUGUGCUGGCAGGCCCCAGGCCUGGGCCCCUGCCAGCCACUGGUCCCGCCCGUGCCCCCCGAGAACGUCACUGUGAACAAGGCCCGUGAGUUCCCAUUGCUGAAGGACCACCCCAACAUCUGUGUCCAGGUAAGCAACUGGGAGAAGCUGCAGCUCCAGGAAUGCCCGUGGGCUGACUCCCUGGGGCCCCUCAAGGAUGAUGUGUUACUGGUGGAGACCCGAGGCCCACAGGACAACAGAUCACUCUGUGCUUUGGAACCCCACGGCUGUACCCCACUGCCCAGCAGGGCCUCCACGAGGGCAGCUCGCCUUGGAGAGCAGUUACUGCAAGACUUGCAUUCAGGCCAAUGUCUGCAGUUGUGGGAUGAUGACCUGGGAGCACUGUGGGCCUGCCCCAUGGACAAAUACAUCCACAGGCGCUGGGCCUUCGUGUGGCUGGCCUGCCUGCUCUUUGCUGCUGUGCUUUUCCUCUUCUUCCUCCUCAAAAAGGAUCGCGUGAAACCCGCGGCCACCAGGGGCCGCGCAGCUCUGCUCCUCCACUCGGCCGACAGCGCGGGCUUCGAGCGCGCGGUGGGCGCGCUGGCCUCGGCGCUGUGCCGGCUGCCGCUGCGCGUGGCCGUGGACCUGUGGAGCGGCCGCGAGCUGAGCGCGCAGGGGCCCCUGGCCUGGUUCCACGCGCAGCGGCGCCAGACCCUGCAGGAGGGCGGCGUGGUGGUCCUGCUCUUCUCGCCGGGGGCCGUGGCGCUGUGCCGAGAGUGGCUGCAGGAUGGGGCGGUGGCCCCCGGGGCACGCGGCCCCCACGAUGCCUUCGCCGCCUCGCUCAAUUGCGUGCUGCCCGAUUUCCUGCAAGGCCGGGCGCCGGGCCGCUACGUCGUGGCCUGCUUCGACGGACUGCUGCACCCGGACGCCGUGCCCGCCCUGUUCCGCGCCGUGCCCGUCUUCUCCCUGCCCUCGCAGCUGCCCGAGUUCCUGGGCUCCCUGCAAGGGCCCGGCGCCUCCCGCCCCAGGCGGCUCGCCGAGAGGGCAGAGCAAGUGUCCCGGGCCCUUCAGCCCGCCCUGGACAGCUGCUUCCUGUCCCCAGGAGCCCCCGGGCGGGAGACAGGACCCGAAUAAAGCAGAGCUGUUUUCCU